AUUUGUCUUGAGACAUUAAAUAUUUUGUGAGGAUUAUCUUGAUAAUCAUUAUAGUAUUUGGUAUUUUAUUUCAAAUGUAAUUUUAUAGCAUGUUUUAUUUUUUGCAGUUAUCACAACACAAAUAUUGUAUUAAUGGCCAUGGGAAUUUGUGCUGCCUGCUGCUUGGCAAUUACUAUUUUUUCUUUUAACACAAAGAUUGAUUUGACAAGCUGUGGUGGUGUACUGUUCAUUCUUUGCUUUGUUUUGUUCCUGUUUGGCAUUCUUACAAUAUUCACCUACAAUUCUAUAUUGAACACAGUCUACUCUGCAUUAGGAGCAUUGCUGUUUAUGUUGUUUUUGGCUUAUGAUACCCAAAUGCUGAUGGGCGGGAAAAAACAUCAACUCAGUGCUGAAGAACAUAUUUUUGCAGCUUUGCAAUUGUACUUGGAUAUUGUUUACAUAUUUCUUUUCCUUCUCUCUCUGAUGGGUGAUAGAAAAUAAAGUUAUUUAUGACAUAUAUACUACAUACAUACAUACAAAACAUAACAGAAAAUUAAAUAAGAUUUAUUAUAUAGUAGUUUUUGUUUUUUUUUUUCCUCCUGUGUUAAGCAAAAAUAUCUUGCACUAUAUUUUCAUUUUGAAAGUAAAAGUUAUUAUUUUGACAAUUUUAUAAUUGAUAUCAAUCAGAACAAUAUACAGAAAAUGAACAAUUAUGAAAUAAGUGAUUUUUAUAUUAUAUAAAGAAAUAUACUAUAUUUAAAAUAUUGUGCAAAAAGAUCUUUGAUUUAUAUGUUCAUGUCAAUUAAUCAAAAUCCAAACUAGGUGUUAAUGUUGUUGAUUGUACACAUUGUAUAUGGUAUUUGUUGAUUAUAAUUCUAUAGUGUACAGAAAUUAAUAACUCUAAAAAAUAAUAGAAUUCAUUACAUAUUCAUGAAAAUUGUAAUACAAUAUGAUCCAAAUUUGCUAAAACAAUCUAUUACAUGUAUUUAAUAUAAUUUUAGAUUAUUUUUAGAAACAACUGGUGUUAUUUUUACAAUGAAAUGUCUAUUUGGGGAUUGUCGUACAAGGUGAAAUUGCAUUUUCAUUAUAGAAGUUUUUUUUAUUAUGGUAUUCCAAUUAUAUCCUAAACAUUUCCUAUUUUAUGCACUUGGUAAUAUGUAUAUAAGAUCAUAUACUGAACUGUAUAAUAUAUUUCAGAUUGUAAAAAUGUUAUAUUAAAUUCUAAUGUUAGUUUAUUCAAUUAAAUUUUUCACAGAUGGAUACACUAUUUGCAGAAUAAUUGUAUAAGUUAAAAAUAUUUUUUCAUGUGGAAUAAAAUUCAGAAAAAAAGAAUUAUUGAAUUUGAGAUUUUAGUCAAAAAUAAAUAAAUAAAAAUCUUUAUUGUUUCAUGAAUAUUUAAAUAAGAAUGUUGUUUUUGUUGUUUUAUUCAUAAAUUUUCAGACACACUUUCUCUUAUAAAUCUCAAACUGUAAUAAUUUUUUUUUAUGUGCGUUUCUUUUUAUCAUAUGCAUUUUCUUCAUUCAUCAUAAUAUUUAUUUAUAAAGGUAUUAUGUUUUGUUAUAAUUAGAUAUAAGAUUUUGAUUGAAUGAUAAACAUAAUUAAACAUUAAGCAGGAGGAUUUUAUUCAUAUUAAUACAUACUAUUAUGAAAGAAAUUCAAAAUUUAAAUAAGAACAAAUGUAUUACUGAAUAUUUAAUAGUUAAAAUAGAAACAAUAGUCUUUUGGGACAAUAGUCAGGUGGUGCUUGAAAUUUGACAUUUUAUAGGAUCUAAAAUAUUUUAUUUUUUAAGACUUCAGAUUUUUAUGGUAAUAAACGCAGCAUUUUCUUUUGAAUGUGCCACGUCAUUUUUCUGUAAGUUGUCUGCUUCUACUCAAACAUUUCAUAUUAGUUUGUCAGUCUGUUAGUGAAGCCAAUGUAACUUUAUUAUUUAUAGAUUUUACAUGAAACAAGAAUACAUAUUAAAUCAUAUUUCAUAAAAAAACAAAACAUUCAAAUUUUUUCAAGUUACUUUAAUUCAACUUUAAAUGAAAAUAUAUACAGUUAAACGUAUCUAUCUCAACUCUCACUGGAAUGAGAAAGAAUUCAAGAUUAGAAAUUCCUACGCAGUAAACAGUAAUAGAUUUGAUUGGAGGUAUAGUACAAUUGAUACAAUAGCAAGUACAGUACAUACUUAUAUUAGAUAUAAGUAAAACAUUUUUGACAUAUAACAGAAAUAAUUUGACAAGCGAAAAUUUAUAGCCAAUCGGAGAAAAGCGGCAUUAAUUGCAACUAAAAUUUCUACUAUCAAAAUGUAGUCACUGAGCUUUGAAUUUGUAAUUGACACUUCAGUCCAUAAUUUGAGAUAGAGAGAUUUGGGAGAAAAUUAUUUGAGACGAACAUGGUAAAUAUAUUGAAUUUAGGCUGAGAAUUCAGGAGGAAUAAAUUUCAAGAUAGACAGGUUUAACUGUAUAUUUUCUUUAUUACAAUUACUAAAUUAGCAUAAUAAUUAUCAUUUCUUACAUAUUAAUUGCUAGAUUAAUUUAUGAACACAAAAAAGUUAUAAUUAAUUUUACAAUACACUUUAGUUUCUUAUAGACAAAAUUUAAAUUUGUCUUAAUUUAAACACUGCCGUGAAAUUCCGACAAAUUUAAUACAAUAAACAUUUUUGACUAAACUUUAAUGGUCAAUAUUUAAGAUUUAUAUGUAGAUUGUUCUUCAAAUAUGUAUUUAUUCUAGCUAUGAUUACUCGUACAUUUUAUAAUUUUAAAUUGCAACUUCUUUGCAAUGACAAUCUAAGUUCUUAAAUGUUGUUUUAUUUUCUUUUUUAAUAUUCCAUUUUUUUUAUUAUAAAUGCAUUAUCUGACGAUGACCAUUAAAUUAUAAUCAAGAACAUUUGUAGUAAAUUUGUCUUGUGUUUAAUUUUAACUUAUUUAAUGAAUACAAAUUGUACAGUUUAUCUCCAUUGGAAUUUUUCCUUUGCAAUCAUUUCAAUUUUAAUUUACUUAAAUAUUCUUUGUUUUUAUCAAGAUGAUAAAUGCAGUUAAUAUAAUCAGGAGACUUAGAAAUUGUUUGUAUGUCACCCGAGGAUGAACUUAGCUGUCCGAAAUUUGUUUUUUGUUAUUUUUUAAAAACUUGGAGGAAGAGUUUUUCACAGCAAUUAUUAUUAAUAUAAUUGAGAAAAAGUAAUUCCAAAAAUAAUAUUGCAUGUUGGAUUGGUAAUAAGAGAUUUUGUUGAAUCUUAACCUUAUAAAAUGCAUUGUAAAAGUAAUUUAUUCUAGCUCCUGUGAUGAUUUUAUUAUAAAUAUGAAAGCUAAAUUAUUCCAAUUUUAAAGUUUAUGUGAACUUCAUGUACACAUUUUAAUAUUUUAUUGAAAUUUUUCUUAUUACUUAUGUGCAAUACAGAUCUCUACUAUUUGUUCACAUGUUUUGAAGUAUAUAUGUUAAGAGUACAACUAAAAUAAUAAUAGAAAUGAUGCAGUUUUUGUGGGCAUGAAAAAUGUCUUUCAUAGCCAGUGCAUUUCUGUCCUGAUAACACUACAUAUCACAGGUUCAGAAAGUUGCAAAAGUUCCAUUGAGAAAUAUUGGAACAAUCUUUAUACACUUCAAAGUUGACCAGGUGAUUUUCAUGUGUUUCUAUACUUGAGACAGUAUUUUGUCUGUAAUAAAAGGUAUCAAAUACUGUCAAAACAGGGAUUUGUCUGUCUAUGUACUUGAACAAAGUUAUUACAUGCUGUGAUAGUGCUCAACUGUCAAAAGAAUUAUGUUGAAAAAUAGUGUAUCCAAUAUAGAUAAUUUGUGUAUUGUGAAUUUACUCUAUUAAACAAUCUUGUCUUUUAA